CAAAACCAAGUGCGUUGUACUAAAUAAAUUAGCAUCUAGCUUACAAAGCAACCAACAACUGAAAAAAACAUGGGGAAUUGCUUGGUGCUGCAAGAGAAUGUUGUGAGGAUCAUGAAAACCGAUGGGAAAAUUCUUGAAUACAAAACACCCAUCGAAGUGAAACAGGUUUUGAUAGAGUUUGCUGGCCAUGCAGUAUCUGAGUCACUACCAGUUCUACAACAUCUUGAGCCAAACACAAAAUUGCUCAGAGGACAGUUAUACUAUCUAGUACCUUUGCCACCACCAUCACCAAAAGCAUGCAAGAAGGUGAGAUUUGCGGAACCAGAAGUCCAAGAUGUACAGCAAAGUAGCUUGGUUAGGAUUAAGGUGGUUAUUAGUAAGCAAGAGCUGCAAGAUAUGCUGCAAAAUGGAGGGUUUUCAGUUAACAAGAUGUUGUCUCUAGUUCAUGAUGAAAAGAGAAUUGAGGGUAAAGAUUUGUCUCAAACAAGUGAUGAUGUCUCUCAAGUGUGGAAACCAGCGUUAGAAAGCAUACCUGAACUAAACUAGCAAUAUAUUUGAAGGAGAUACCACGUUCAUACAACAAAACUAUACAACAAUUUAUACAAUAUUUUCCUUUUCUCUCUCAAUCCCUCUUCACCGCAUCACUAAUCUUAUCUCAUAUUCAUCUCUCUUGUUUAUGUGGGUUGUUGUAUAUUUUUAUUGUAUGAAUAUAAAAUCUUUUGAAGUUCCAAUACUAUUUCUUUC